CAGCUGUACAGUCACUUCCUCUCAGAUGUAGAGGCAAUACAUCAGUAUUUGUCAGUCUUUUAUAGAUUAGAGAUGUCUGAAUGUGUGUAUGAUAAUGAGAUCCAUAUUGAGGGGCUGAACAGAGGAGAGCGAGUGGAAAUUAUGGUGGAUAUCUAUGAGAGUACAGAUGCUGUUCGUGGUCAUGGCCUUGAUGCACAGACAGAGGAUACUGGCAAAAAGAGGAACUUCCAAACUUGUGACACAGAUUUCCCUUUCAGCAGAUGUUACAGACUUACUGCAGUUUGUGUGCUGCUGCUGUGUGUUCUCUUACUGACUGCCGUCACAGUGCUGUGGAUCAAAUACAACAUCCGGACUACAGAAAACGACCAACUCCAGACUAGAUACAACAACCUGACUCUAGAGAAAGAUCAGUUACAGACCAUUUAUAACAAUCUGACUCUAGAGAAAGAUCAGUUACAGACCAUUUACAACAAUCUGACUCUAGAGAGAGACCAGUUACAGAGGCUUUCCAAAUUGGGAUGGAGAUUCUUCAGCUCUAGUCUUUACUACAUUUCUACUGAAAGCAGAAGAUGGGAUGAGAGCAGACAGGACUGCAUAAAGAGAGGAGCAGACCUGGUGAUCAUAAACAGCAGUGAAGAACAGGAGUUCAUGAAACAGUUACACAGCAGUAAGGCUUGGAUUGGUCUGAGUGACAGAGACACAGAAGGCGCGUGGAAAUGGGUGGAUGGUACACCACUGAUCACUGCGUACUGGGGACUUGGAGAACCCCACAAUUCUGGAGAUGAGGAUUGUGCUGUUACUGGCUAUAGGUCAAAUUCUGAAAACUGGGCUGAUUUUCCUUGUAAUACAAAGGCAUAUUGGAUAUGUGAGAAGAGAAUUUUUAACUAAAUAAUAUAUCUAUAU